UUGUCAAUUUUAAUGAGAGGAAAAUCGAGUACCCAAUUGAUUUUUAGCAUGUAUAUAAAGGGGGAGUUUGCAUGGAAGUUUGUAAACUCGGUUCAUGCAGUAUAUAUACAAUAUACAGAUAGAGUGAGUCUUAAGCUCGCUCUUAAGGUUUUAGAUAUGGAGAGUUUGAGCCAGCGUUAUAGAUUAGUGCUAAUUCUAAUCAUAUUUGCGGUGGCUUUACCGUCAUGUUUCUCGCAAACAACCCGACUCUUCGAGUUUAAUGUUGAGUGGAAGAAUGUAACUCGUUUGUGCAACACAAAGCCACUUCUAACAGUGAAUGGAGAGUAUCCAGGGCCAACCAUUGCUGUCUAUGAAGGUGAUCAUCUCGAGAUUAAGGUCACUAAUGGCAUUGCCGAAAAUACCACCAUCCAUUGGCAUGGUGUGAGGCAACUAAGAACAGGAUGGGCAGACGGUCCAGCUUAUAUCACACAAUGUCCUAUAAGAGGUGGCAAGACCUACACAUACAAGUUCACUGUGGAGUACCAAAGAGGCACUCUCUGGUGGCAUGCUCAUUUUGCCUGGCAACGAGCUUCCAUUUAUGGCGCUUUCAUCAUCCAUCCGCGCAUGCCUUUUCCAUUUUCCGCUCCGAUUCAAGAAGAAUUCCCCAUCAUCUUUGGUGAAUGGUGGAAUUCAGAUGUAGGUGAAGUGGAAAAUGAAAUGAAGUAUGGAGCUGGACCUAAUAGUUCAGAUGCUUAUACCAUCAAUGGAUUGCCAGGACCAUUCUAUCCUUGCUCGGACAAAGAUACCUUCACCAAAACUGUGGAACGUGGAAAAACGUACUUGCUUAGAAUUAUCAACGCAGCACUCAACGAUGAGCUUUUCUUUGCUGUGGCUAAUCACACACUAACUGUUGUGGAGAUUGAUGCCGUGUACACCAAACCAUUCACAACCUCAGCGAUCAUGGUAGGUCCUGGCCAAACCACCAACGUUUUGCUCACUGCAAAUCAAGUCCCUGACUCCUCGGGUGCCUUUUUGAUGGCGGCCUGGCCUUACCUCACCUCCGUUUUCCCUUUCGACAAUUCCACCACAGCCGGUUUCUUGCGUUAUAAGAACACAAAGAGUGACAAAACUAAAUAUCCGCCAAAGGCGCCUAGUACUUUUGCACCGGAAAAAUACAACCUCCCUAAAAUGGAAGACACAAAGUUUGUCACUAUAUUUAAUAACAAGCUCAGAAGCCUAGCCUCACCUAAGUAUCCGUGCAACGUUCCUAAAACUGUCGACAAGCGCGUGGUUAUGGUUAUAAGCCUAAAUCUCCAAGAUUGUCCAGGCAACGAAACCUGCAAGGGUUAUGCUGGCAAGAAAUUUUUUGCUUCUAUGAACAACCAGUCCUUCAUUCGUCCCGCCUUGUCGAUUUUAGAAUCUCAUUACAAGAAGCUCAGAGGCGCCGAGUACUCCACAGAUUUCCCAGAGAAACCUUUGAAGCCGUUUGAUUACACCGGUGUGGAUCCAGUUUCGGAGAACAUGAACACAAAUUUUGGCACUAAGAUUAUGGAAGUGGAGCAUGGAACAAACUUAGAAAUUGUGCUACAAGGUACAGGUUUUCUUAACACUGAGAACCAUCCAAUUCAUGUGCAUGGACACAACUUUUUUAUAGUCGGUAUGGGGUUUGGGAACUUCAAUGCUGCCAAGGAUCCGGCAAAGUACAACCUCAUUGACCCUCCGGAGAGAAACACGGCGGCAGUUCCAACUGGAGGAUGGGCGGCGAUUCGAUUCAAGGCCGACAAUCCUGGAGUUUGGUUCAUUCACUGUCACCUUGAAGAGCAUACUUCGUGGGGUCUUGCCUCGGGGUUUAUUGUCAAGAAUGGUCCAAAACCAUCUCAGUGUGUGCUUCCUCCCCCUGACGAUCUUCCCUUAUGCUGAGAUUUUUGCAUAGACGACUCGAUUUAGUAUUUGUUGUAUAACGAAGGCUUUGAACUCUUUAGUUCUUUUUUGUGAACACAUAUACCUUAUCUAUUAUGUGGGCUUUGUA